AUGCACCGCACGCUGCGCAAAAUCUUCGACCGGCAAACAUGCGAGAAAAUAGAGAGCAUGAAGAUCCUGCUGGUGGGGGCGGGCGGAAUAGGCAGCGAGUUCCUAAAAAACAUAAUCACCAUAGGCUGCAAAAACGUAGACAUAGUGGACAUCGACACUAUAGAUAUCACCAACUUGAAUAGACAGUUUCUGUUUAAGAAGGAGGACGUGAAGAAGUACAAAUCGUUUGUCGCCAAGGAGAGGGCCCUCCAGCACAGCAAGGGUCUGAACAUCAACGCGUAUACGUUCGAUGUGUGCACCAUGAAGAGCAGCGACAUUGCAAAGUAUGACUACGUUGUGAAUGCCCUCGAUAACAUUAAGGCUAGGAAGUAUGUAAAUAAAUUAUGCGUAAUGGAGAGGAAGGUCCUAAUCGAAGCGGGGAGCACAGGGUAUAACGGACAGGUGUAUCCCAUUCUUGCAAAUGAAACAAAGUGCUACAAUUGUGAGGAGAAACCCAAAAAUAAAACAUACGCCAUUUGCACCAUUAGGCAAACCCCCUCCUUACCUGAACAUUGCGUUGCCUGGGGGAGACUUAUCUUUGAGACCUUUUUUUGCAAAAGUGAUAAUGAAACUUUGAUGGACAUUAAGAAUCAUGUGGAGGAGGAAUCCAAGAAGAGGAACAUGGACCAGCAUGAAAUCAUCACCUUCAUUUUUAACUACCUCUUUUACGACACCAUUAAGGAGCUCGCCGCGCUGAAGAAGGACUACGUCACGGAGCCCAUCCCGAUACUGUUCGAGGGGACCGCGAAGAAGGAGGACAAAUUGGGGGAGGCCGCCGAGCAGGGAAGCGGCCCCCCCGAUGCGGACCCGCAGAACGAAUCGCACACACACAAGGAAACCGACCCAGCGGCCAUCACCCUGUGCUCCCAAAACAUCUGGAAAAAGGACGAGUGCGUCAAAAUGUACACAGAGACCUUCGCAAAGUUGUAUAGCUACUUAAACAUAAACAAACAGCAGGAGAAGGAGGAGUACCUGGUCUUUGACAAGGAUGACGAUGACUGCAUCAAUUUCAUAACGGCCAUUUCGAAUUUACGAAUGAUUAAUUUUUCCAUUAAGCAGAAAAGCAAAUUCGAUGUGCAGUCCAUCGCGGGGAAUAUCAUUCCCGCCAUUUCGUCCACCAACGCGAUUGUGGCCUCUCUGCAGGCAUCGCAACUCAUUCACAUUAUUGAGCACUUUGAACGUGUGAAGGGGUCCGACAAGGAGGUUGCAAAAGGCAGUUUAAGGGACAGCAAGGCAAAGCACGUAUGGGUCAAAAGUAUCGUCAGUGGAAACAAAAUGUUCUCACGCGGAAACGUUGUAAACGCAGAAAAAUUGGAGCCCCCCAACCCCAGCUGCUACAUAUGCCAACAGCCGAUGAUAGAUAUCUAUAUCAAAAGCUUUAGCGAAAUGACGCUGUACGAUUUUGUAAAAAAUGUGUGCACAAAUGAGCUGGCCUUCUUGUACCCCUUCCUGGACAAGCAGGACAGAAACAUCUUCGACUAUGACUCCUUUUUGGAGGAGGACGAGGAGUACAUAAAGGGGCUGCAUAACUCGCUCAGUGAGUGGGAUAUUAAAAAUGAUGAGAUUCUUAUUUUGACGGACUUUCAGAAUGAUAAGGACCAGCUGGAGAUUCACCUGAAGGAGGACCCCACCCUGGAAGCGCCCUACGACAUAAAGCAGAAAGUGGUCAAGCGUAGGAAGGCGGAGGAGCUCCGUGGGUCCGAGGCGGCGCCCCCCAGCGCAAAAAAAAGGAAACACAUAAACCAGGAGGAAGAGCCCCUGAACGAUAAAAAGAAGGCGCGCACCCAGAGCAAGGUUGAAGAAAUCGUCAUCGACGACGAAGAAUGUGUGAACGAUAAUUUGGUGCUAAUCGAUUGA